GGAUUGCUAUUGGUUAGCGGCCGAAGGCGGGGCCGGAUCCAGGCCAGCGAUUGGUCGGCGUUCAGAGGCGGGGUCUGAUCCAGACCUGCGAUUGGCCGGAGGCCGGCCGUGGCGGCGGGCGCGGCGUGGUGAUGGAGACCGCGGGGCCUAGGACCCGGGCGGCUGCGCGGCUUGGGGCGCACGCGACGCGGGAGGAGCAGCGGAAGCGGCGGCCUGUGCGCCGGUGGCAGCGGAGGAGAAUCGGGGAGGAACAAGAAGAAGCAGUCUUUCGUGAAGUGGUCAGUUUCACCCGGGAUCCUCUGCCAGCUAGAUAUUAUGACAAAGACACCACCAAACCCAUCAGCUUUUACUUACCCUCGCUGGAGGAACUCUUGGCAUGGGCGCCCGAUGCGGAGGACAGCUUUAAUGUGGCCCUGGAACCCCUCAAGUGUCGGCAGCCCCCUCUGAGCAGCCAGAGGCCCCGGACAUUGUUGUGCCAUGACAUGAUGGGCGGAUACCUGGAUGACAAGUUCAUUCAGGGCUCGGCGGCGCAAAAUCCCUAUUGCUUCUACUACUGGCAGUGUAUUGACAUCUUUGUGUACUUCAGCCAUCACCUGGUGACCAUCCCCCCCGUGGGCUGGACCAACGCUGCCCACAGGCACGGGGUCUGUGUGCUGGGGACUUUCAUCGCCGAGUGGAAAGAAGGUGGGCGGCUCUGUGAAGCCUUUCUGGCUGGGGACGAGCACUCCUACCAGGCGGUGGCCGAUCAGCUCGUCCUGAUCGCCCAGUUUUUCCGUUUUGAUGGCUGGCUCAUCAACAUCGAGAGCUCUCUGAGUCCGGCCGCGGUGGGGAACGUGCCCCCUUUCCUCCGGUACCUGAGCACACAGCUCUGUCGGCAGGUCCCGGGGGGCCUGGUGCUCUGGUACGACAGCGUGGUGAGCAGCGGGCAGGUCAAGUGGCAGAACGAGCUCAACGAGCAGAACCGGAUCUUCUUCGACUCCUGCGACGGCUUCUUCACUAACUACAACUGGCAGGAGGAGCAUCUGGACAGAAUGGUAGCUCAGGCUGGCGAGCGCCGGGCCGACGUGUACGUGGGAGUGGACGUGUUUGCCCGGGGCCACGUCGUCGGGGGCCAGUUCGACACCCACAAGUCGCUGGAGCUGAUCCGGAAGCACGGAUUCUCGGCCGCUCUCUUUGCUCCUGGCUGGGUGUACGAGUGUUUGGAGAAGAGGGAUUUCUUCCAGAACCAGGACAAGUUCUGGGGCUUGCUGGGACGCUACCUGCCCCCACACAGCAUCUGCUCUCUGCCCUUUGUCACUUCUUUCUGCCUGGGCAUGGGGACUCGAAGAGUGUGCUACGGCCAGGAGGAGGCGGUGGGGCCCUGGUACCACCUGAGCGCCCAGGAAAUCCAGCCCCUGUUUGCAGAGCAGAGGCCGGAAGGGGACGGGCAGGGCUGGGUGAAGACGCACUGCUGCCUGGCGGACGCCUGGAACGGGGGCAGCUCCCUGCUCCUCCGCGGGGUGAUCCCGCCCGAGGUCGGGCACGUGGCUGUGAGGCUGUUCUCCCUGCACGUCCCGGUGCCCCCCAAAAUUUUCCUGUCCAUGGUGUAUAAGCUUGAAGGGCCUUCGGACGUUGGGGUGGCGUUGGAGCUCACCACCGGGGACGCGGGCAGCUGUCACAUCGGUGGCAUCUCGACGUUGAGUGCAGAAACGAGCUCCAGGCACAGCCCCCGCCCCCUCCGGGUGCCCCCCACCAAGCUGGCCAGAUGGGUGGGCCACUGCGGCCAGCAGCUCAGCGGGGGCUGGGUCCAGCGCUGCUACGAGGUGAACCUUCAGGGCUGUGUCCUGCAGGACCUCUGGGUCAGCUUCUCGCGGCCUCCUGGCAGCCAGGAGCAGGAGGCCUUUGUCUGCCGCCUGGGAGAGCUCCAGGUGGUGGAUGCCAACAGCCUGCUCAGACCUCUGCCCCGGGUGCAGGCCGUCAGUGUCUCCCGGGUGCGCUGGCAGCGGGCCGCCCCCGAGGAGGAGGAGGAGGAGCAGCGCCCGGCCCGGCUCCGGCUCAGCUGCGCCCUGCACUGGUCCUACCCCCUGUCUCACGUCCGAUGCUUCCGCAUCCACUGCUGCAGAGCGACCGGCUCUCCUGCAGAGGGGCCCCCGGGGCUGGAGAAGCCCGCGCUCCUGGGCCUGGCGUUUGUCAACCAGUAUCGCGUAGUGGACCUGGCGGUGGCAGCCGCGGGGCCAGGCACGGACGGCCGCGUGGAGUUCCUGGUGGAGCCCGUCCCCAGGGAGGGAUUUCUGGUGCCAAAGGCCGAGUGGGGCCGGGCGGCCCUGCUCUACUCCGGGCCCCACACGUGAUCGAGCAUUAAAGCACAGACCCUCCCGGC